UAUCCUCAGCUCAACUGGCUUGAUCUCCGUGGCAUUCCUCUGAAUUCUGUGGGCGCAAGACACCUCAGCCUCGGGCUCACGUCUCAGCGUGACGAGGCGCGUAAAGUGGUUACCAAAUUUCUUGCUGUCUGUACGGGUCAGGAGCUUGUGAAUCCCGACUCCUCUCGUGAUGCUCUUUCGGAUACGGAGGCUUUUCAGCUUACCUUUAGCCUCUUCUUCUCCUACAUGCCUACACCCGCUGAAGUACACACCCUUUCUGGAGCGUUGCAACGGCUACCGCCUCUCUGUAUUCGAGGUCUUCAUCUGGGCGAGACAGGACUCUCUGGAUCCGCAUUACUCGAUGUCACUACAGGUAUCAGAGUGUCUGGGCAUCUGAGAGACCUACGGUUACCGACAAAUAAGCUGACCGCCCAUGAUAUAGAGCUGAUGACGCCGUUGUUGCGAUACCAUCCGGCACUGCAGGUGUUGGAUUUGAGUCAUAAUGGCCUUGGAGACGAGGGCUAUAGACUACUAGCUAAAGCCUUAUCCCAUCCAUCUUACCCUUCCAAUCUGGCGAAUUCGUCCACAACUCCUUCGUCCACUGAACCUCGUUGCAAUCUGCGUCGUCUCUACCUCGCUGGUACAGAUCUUCGUCCAGCCGGUGCUAAGCACUUCACUACUUGUCUUCCUGCUCUCUCUUGUCUCUCACACCUCGAGUUGAGUGAUAACCCCAAUCUUGGCUGUCAAGGUGUUUUAGCACUUCGCAGUGAUUUGCAAAUGUACACUCGUCAUCGUCUAGUCUACCUUGGUCUGGCGCGUUGUGGAAUUGCUUGUCAAGGCGCUAUUGCAUUGGCCGAGAUUUUGGGUGAUGGUCCGCGCGCCUUGCGACGCCUUGAUCUUACAGGAAAUCAUAUUGCAGAGGCGGGUCUUUUGGCUAUCUCAAAAUCCAUUCCACUUUGUGGUAGAUUGGUACAUUUGCAAGGAUUAGAAGACAAUCGACCAACUCAACGGUCGUUUACCGGUGGAAGUGGUGUAUUUUAUCCCCAGUCUUUCGAUGCCACUCCUCAAAAUGGUCACAAUGGAAGAGCAGUACCUGCGUCUCCAGUAGUGAAUGGAACAUCGGGUAGAUUUUCGGUAGGCUUUGCUUUGAACUGCUGUCUUGAAUCCUUUCACGAAAUAGCCAUAUCGACUCUUCCAUUCUACCCAUCGCCUGUAAGCCCUCACAUUCACCAAGGCUCUGGACAGGUAGAGGUGGGAGAUAGGAGGAGAUGGAGUUGGUGA